AUGCCUCCUAAGCGCCGCCCUCCUCCCAAGGCGAAAGUUCCUCCCAAGGAGAAAGCUCGGCGAAAGCCUCCGACUCAAAGCGUACCCUCGGACAUCUGGCAUCUCAUCUUGCCGUAUCUCAGAAACCCUACUCCAGCUCCUCUGUCCCGGCCGCCGCGGUCCCAGAUGUGUCAACCAGACCUCUGUUCUGCUUCCCUCACAUGCCGCCUAUUCGCAGAGAUUGUGAACCCUCUCCUCUACACCCAUAUCACGACCGACCAAUUCGCCCUCCUCUUCCGCGACAUCAAUAACCCCACCUUUUACCGGCGGUUCAGGCAAACAAGAAGUCUUCUGAUCGAGUAUAUGCCGACGGGUGAGGACGCCGACUAUGGUGAUUUGAUGGCGGACGAGGGGCGAAGGUGGUCAAAGCUGGGCCGAACGGAGGAGGAGAUGGAUGCGGCGACAUUCAAGGAAUGCGGGGAUGAGGCGGAGGGGAUCAUUGCCGCUCUGGGCGACUUCCAUCCCCUCGGAGUCUUCCCCUUCUCGUCCGCCAAGGACCCAAGGACACCCACCGUCAACUACACUCGGACCUGUCACAUGGCGCCCAAGACCAGCAAUCUCUCUAUCUCACUCGGCCUCCCCAUGAGGUGGGCUAGCGACUACGCAGGCGAAGAGCACUGGGACGAGAUGGCAAAAAUCGCUUCGGAUUGCGUCGGCCAAGUCGCCGGUGCGCGGGCGAGGUUCAAGGACGUGCCGGAUUACAAGGCGGAAGUGGUGGAUCUCGAAGUCUGUUGCACGACAAGACCGCCAGCGGAUGGUUGGGGUGUAAAGCCUAUCGGGGAACGCCUGCAAGCGCGAUUGAGAGCGACGGGACAUCCGGAAGAUAGAGUGCGGUGGUACCCAUCAAGCGAGACGCCCAUCUGCGAGGCGUGCGGGUCGGUCAUACGAGCCAUCUCUCAGAUGUAUAGGUCCUAUGCGGCGCAUUGCGCCGAGGCUAUGAGCUCAAUGCGCGUAUAUGAACGCAAGCUUGAGCGCUUGAGCAGUGUUGGCCAAAGAGUGCCACCUAAUAACGGACGGUCGCGAACUCCCGUCAUGGCCAGGGUCAGGGGACUAUGUAUCGGUUCCGGCGGAAGCAGGUCUUCCGCGCCCGAUGCUGAGAGCUCAAAGUGGCGCUCUGAGUCCGUUUGGCUGCAGGCCAUGAUUCUUAGGUCGAUGAAAGGAGGAACUCUAGCUAUAAAACAGGCUGCCUUGUCCAAGCCCGAGAUAAAUUGUCCCUUGACGCCUCAUCCACUGAUCAGCGUUGAUCAAGCCGCUAUCGACCCACCUCUGCCUUGCCUGUGA